AAAAUUGAGGGAAAUUUUCGGAGAGGGGGGCGGAUGGGCAUUUCAAGAACCACCACUAAAAUCCUCCCUCUUCAAUUUCACUACCUCUUUUCCACCACCGCCAGCUAUAAUUCACCACCAUCCCGCCUCCGGACCUGCCCCCAACCCCAACUCCAACUCCAACUCCAAGACCCAGACCCCAUCCUCACCACUCUGUCUGAAUCAAUCAAAAACUGCUCAACAAAACCGCUCCAAGCCUCGCUUAAACACCUAUUACCUUCUCUUAAACCCCAACAUAUCAUCUCCCUGAUUAGCCUAAACCCGCACUCACUCUCUCCCGACUCUCUCGUUUAUUUCUUCUCAUGGCUUUCCUCUCGCAGUCACUCCACUUUCCGCCACAACCUCCACACUUACUGCACCAUGAUUCACUUUCUUUGCACCCACCAAAUGCUCCCAGAAGCCAAAAGUUUGCUUCAAACCAUCGUUUCAAGAAAGGGGAAAGAUUCAGCUUCUGUUGUUUUUGCAACAAUUCUUGAAACCAAAGGUACCCAAAGAUCUGAUCUUUAUGUUUUCGAUGGCCUUAUCAAUGCUUAUCUAGAAUCAGAUUCUGUAUCUGAUGCUAUUCAAUGUUUUAGGUUGUCUAAAAAGCAUAAAAUCCGGGUAGCAUUUGAUGCUUGUAAAAAUAUUCUUGAACAUUUAAUGAAAUUAAAGUCUUUCAAGUUGGCUUGGGAAUUUCAUAAGGAGAUUUUAGAAUGUGGAUAUCCUGCAAGUUUGUAUUUUUUCAAUAUUUUGAUGCACAAAUUUUGCAAAGAAGGGGAAAUGAGGGUAGCACAGUCAAUUUUUGAUGAAAUCAGGAAAUGGGGUUUGAGGCCUAGUGUUGUUAGUUUCAAUACUUUGAUGAAUGGUUACGUAAGGUUGGGUGAUUUGAAUGAGGGGUUCACGCUAAAGAAUGCAAUGGAGGGGAGUGGAGUUCUUCCUGACGUUUAUACUUACAGUAUUUUGAUAAAUGGGUUGUGUAGGGAACAUAGAAUGGAUGAUGCAAAUGAGUUGUUCAACGAGAUGUUUGGCAAAGGAUUGGUUCCGAAUGAUGUUACUUUCACUACAUUGAUUAAUGGGCAUUGCAAGAAUGGGAGGAUUGAUUUGGCCAUGGAAAUUUAUCAACAAAUGUUGGGACAAGGUUUGGAACCCGACUUGAUCACUUAUAAUACGCUUAUCGAUGGGCUUUGCAAGAACGAUGACUUGACGGAAGCAUGGGACCUUGUUGAUCGAAUGACUCGGAAGGGUUUGAAGCCUGACAAAAUAACAUACACUACUGUUAUUGAUGGAUAUUGUAAGGAGGGAAAUUUGGAAAAGGCGUUUGAGAUUAGGGAAGAAAUGAUCAAGGGAAGUAUUGUUCUUGAUAAUGUAGCUUACACAGCCCUUAUUUCUGGUUUAUGUCGGGAAGGGCAAGUGGUUGAUGCAGAGAGAAUGUUGAGAGAAAUGGUGACUGUUGGUUUGAGGCCCAAUGAUGCAACAUAUACAAUGAUCAUAGACGGGUUUUGUAGGAAGGGUGAUGUGAGAAAGGGUUUCAAGUUGCUUAAGGAGAUGCAGAGAGAUGGACAUAAACCAGGAGUUAUCACUUAUAACGUUCUUAUGAAUGGUUAUUGCAAACAAGGACAGAUGAAAAAUGCGGAAAUGCUCCUAAAUGCAAUGCUUAAUCUAGGAGUUUUUCCUGAUGACAUUACAUAUAACAUCCUACUGGAAGGGCACUCUACAUAUGGAAACCAAGAGGAUGUUGAUAAGCUUCGUAGCUCAAAAGGUCUCGUUCUUGACUAUGCUUCAUAUACUUCACUUGUUGGGAGCUUAAGCAAACAAUUUAGACACCGUUUACAGAGAUGAUUGGUUGGGUAAAAAAUGGCAUCCUUAUUUAAUCAGCCAUUUGAAACACUUAUUAAGGAAAAAAGUUUGAAGAGGAUACUCUGAUUUUUUCUCAUCCUCAGCUUUUUGCAAGGGCCUGGAAUGUUCAUUACUGUCUCAUAGUAAUUUGAAUGCCUGAACUUCAGUCUGGUUUGAUUGGGUCAGGCAUUGCAGAGGAUCUUGCGAUGAAAAUGGACACACAUCCUGAUGAAGUAACAUAUUUGUUUCCUUUACUGGGAUUCUUGCAGUUGAAAUGAUAAAAUGGUGUAUUUUGUACAUCUAAGAGAGAAGCACACUCCUUGUAUUAAUAUUAAAUCUGCACUCUUGAGAAUAUUGGCAACAACCUACUUGUACCAUGCUUUUGAGCUUGAUUACAAAUACAGGGAUCAUUAAAUAUUGAUGAUGUAAUGUGUACUUCAAAUGGGAAGCCUUGGGCAAUUGCUCAACAACUGGUUGCUCCAUUGCAACCCAAGUCACAGAAACAGCCUUCUUAACUGGCAGAGACAAAUUUAUGUACAUCUGUGUUUUCUAGAUGCUAUGGAACCAUGUAUUUUCAUUUUACCUUUUAUUCUUAAUGCUGUCAAAAAUCCUGCUGUUUUCAAUGAUCCAUUCUCCUUUUUGAUUCGUGGCACAAAUGAAAUCAAUGGAUCUUGGCCA